AUUGUCCACCAAGGCCUGGCCGGUCUGGCUGCUUCUCUUCAUGCACUGAGUGGUAGAGAUGCUGUCCUCGCCUCUGGGACCAGCUGUCUCCAGCCUUGGCCUGCCCUGCUAGUCAACAAAAGCAGGACUUGCCAGGGAACAAUCUUCUCGGGUUGCCGUGUAAUCUAAGCAAGUGAAGGACCAGAAGAGUGAGCGCGCAGGCAUCACACUCGGCAACGAUGUCAGCGGAACUGGAGACUGCGGAGGGGGUGGAUGAGUCGGAGAAAAAGAGCUCCGGGGCCGCAGAAAAAGAGAACCAUACCAGGAUGGCUGACCUCUCUGAGCUCCUGAAGGAAGGGACCAAGGAAGCACAUGACCGGGCAGAAAACACCCAGUUUGUCAAGGACUUCUUGAAAGGCAACAUCAGAAAGGAGCUGUUUAAGCUGGCCACUACUGCACUUUACUUCACAUAUUCAGCCCUUGAGGAAGAAAUGGAGCGCAACAAGGACCACCCAGCGUUUGCCCCCUUGUACUUCCCCACAGAGCUACACCGGAAGGAGGCACUGACCAAGGACAUGGAGUAUUUCUUUGGUGAGGACUGGGGGGAGAAGGUGCAGUGCUCUGAGGCUGCCCAAAAGUACGUGGAGCGGAUCCACCAUGUGGGGCAGAAUGAGCCGGAGCUGCUGGUGGCCCAUGCCUAUACCCGCUACAUGGGGGACCUCUCAGGGGGCCAGGUGCUGAAGAAGGUGGCCCAGCGGGCCCUGAAACUCCCCAGCACAGGAGAAGGGACCCAGUUCUAUCUGUUUGAGAACGUGGACAAUGCACAACAGUUCAAGCAGUUGUACCGGGCUAGGAUGAAUGCCUUGGACCUGAACCUGAAGACCAAAGAGAGGAUUGUGGAGGAGGCCAAUAGGGCCUUUGAGUACAACAUGCAGAUAUUCGAUGAACUGGACCAGGCUGGCUCCUUGUUGGCCAAAGAGACCCUGGAGGACGGGCUCCCCGUGCACGAUGGGAAAGGAGAUGUGCGUAAAUGCCCCUACUAUGCUGCUAAAUCAGACAGAGGUGCCCUGGAGGGCAGCAGCUGCCCCUUCCGAACAGCCCUGGCUGUGCUGAGUAAGCCCAGCCUGCAGUUCGUUCUGGCCGCUGGUGUGGCCCUGGUUGCUGGCCUCCUGGCCUGGUACUACAUGUGAAGGACCCAUCAUACCACGUUGGCGCCCUCCUCCUGAGUGACCACUGGCCUGCCCCCACCUCCACCGGUGACUAAACUACCACCUCAGGUGACUUUUCUUAAAUGCUGGUUUUGAGAAAACAACCAAUAAAGGCCAGACGCUAAAGCCUCUGCCUGUAGCGUCCUCUCUGUGGGCUAGACGCUGAGCUGGGUGUAGGCCCACCAUUCCUGCAGCCAUUAGGCCAUGGUACUGGGAGCAGCCAGCGCAGCUCAGCAGGCCUGCCUGGGCCUCUGGAGCCAGUUCUGCUCCAGGGGCCUCCACACUGCUCACCCUGAGGCUCCUUCCCUUCAUUCUUCCUUAUGUUAGCAUUUAGGUGGGUACCUUUCCCCUGAUGGGAACAGAGCAGCCAGCAAGCCCACACUGCUGUAGCUCUGUGGGAGGGAGGGGUGGCUUGCACCCUGCCUCAAAGGCCUGGGUAGCUCCGUCCUGAACAGCCAAUCUUCACCCUCUCAAGCAGAAACUCCAGAAGAGGGGGGUCUGUUUAGCUGUGGCCUAUCUCCUCCUUUGACCUGUGUAAAUGCUACAGCACUCAAUAAAGUGGACUCUGACAGCUGCC